ACAUACACCACAACGGCCAAAGUACAUGUGAGCUCAGACAAAGCCUUGUGCUGAAUUUCUUUUCUCUUUUCGUGUUCGCAGGCGUUCAGAAGACUAUUGAGAGGAGAUUUCAGCCGGACAGAAGAGUGAGCUCUUUCAGCUGUUUCUAUAUUGUUCGGUGAAGACAGCACUCAGGUGAGCCAUCGAUCUCCUCCCAUGAGGGAACACUAUCGUGAUGGCAGAGGGAUCUGGAUUUGACCUGGACUACAUUACGGAGCGUAUCAUUGGCAUCACCUUCCACCAGUCCUGCACAGAGCAGACGUACCAGCACAACCUGCGCAGCAUCACGCAGAUGCUGCAGUCCAAACAUGCGGAUCGAUACAUGGUCAUUAACUUAUCCGAACACAGUGAUGAUCUCAGAAGGAUGAAUCACAGGGUGGUGGAUUUGGGAUGGCUGGAACGACAAGCUCCAUCGCUCCAUCUGCUGUGUUCAGUGUGUAAAAACAUGGACAAUUGGCUUAGGGCACACUCUGAAAACGUGCUGCUGCUACACUGCAAAGGCAGCAAAGACAGAGUGGGUGUGGUAAUAUCCUCUUACAUCCAGCUAUCUAAUGUUUCCACCAGUGAGGAACAUGCAUUAGAUCUCUACUCCAUGAAGAAGUUCUGCAGUGAUAAAAUGGUUAACCUUAUGACUCCAUCUCAGAAAAGGUAUGUGCAGGUGUUUGGCAGACUCCUUACCCAUCAGAUCCGCAUAAACUCUUCCCCGCUUUUCAUCCAUGGCAUUAAUAUCCAUCCCAUUCCUGACUUCCACCCUACAGUGUGUCAGCUGUUUAUCAGAGUGUAUCAAGACACACAGACAGUUUACACAUCAGGAGUGCAUCAGGUUGCUGUAGGUCAGACAGACCGAGUGUGUUUUGCUCUGGAACCCCCACAGAUGCUUAAAGGUGAUUUCAUGAUUGCGUGCUAUCAUAAAAAUGAUUCCAUGAGGACUCGCGAGACAGUGUUUGGUGUGCAGUUCCACACCGGCACUCUGUGUGGAGAACAACUUUCCUUGCAGAAAGAAGACCUUGAUCAUGCAAACAAAGACCCAAGAUUCCCAGAGGACGGUGUGGUGGAGCUGCUCUUUUCAGAAAUUGUCGACAGAGACCCAUCCCUUGCUUCAGAUUGUGGCCACUGGAGGAACCGUUCAGCAGUUGUCACUGAAAAUGACCCUCUGGAUUCACUACAGGCUCAGUGGGACUUCACUGAAAAUCUUACAGCAGCAGCCAAGCAAAAAGAAGGCACACGCUCUCUGAGCAGUGACUCUGGACUCUCCAGCUCCUCCCAGUGGACUGGAGGACAAACCUCUGGGCUCCCAAUCAGCUACGGCUCUGAGGAGCAUCCCCAGCUCCCCAGAGUGAUCCCUGGGCUCAGAAUGGAGGAGGAACAAGCUUCUCCAGGCGUCACGAGACGUGACCCUAAAGCCAAUCAAGCUACUUUUGAUCAUUCCAGUCAUUUAAAUGGUCAAACAAUGUUUAUAGAACGAGAGACGGAUAUUAUAGAUGAUGACGAAGACAUAAUCGCUCCGAAUGCUGCUGUUUUAGACUCUAAAGACACACUGUCUUCAAAGGAAAUGUCUGGCUUGUCUUCAGGUGAAUGUCAGAACUCUGUCCAAUCAGAUUGUCAAAGUGAAGCUCCUCCUGCCAUAUUUAGAGAUGUGAAUUCCUCAAACACACUCUUACACACUUCAGUACCUUCUGGAUAUCACACACAUAUAUGGGUAAAACAGCAACAGUCCACGUCUUACAUGCACACUCCAUCAGACAGACUGGAACACAGAGAGGAGAUGGAGCUCCAAAAAGGUGCAAGCAAACCUUCAUUACCAGACAAUGGCUUUCCGGAGACGCAGUCUGAGCCAGACAAGGAUGAUGAGUUUGCGACACUGGCUUUGGAUGUUGAUCAGUCAAUCGAACAGCUCAAUCAGCUGAUCCUGGACCUUGACCCUGACUUUGAACCAAUCCCCACACAGGCAAGGAGUCACAUGACCCGCUCGGCCUCCCUUCAGACCAAUGGAAAGACGCAUUCGGUUGGAAGGGCCAAAUCCCUCCAGUCAGGUUGGAGGCAGAAACAGCUCAGUGAUGUCUCUGAAUACUCUGUGCUGCGAAAGGCGGGUGGUGAUCGAAUGCAGAACAACCAGAGAUUUGUCUUUGGAACGCCAUCGCGAGGUCUAUAUCACACUGACGCUGUUGACAUUGGUGACCUUCCUACAGAGGUUGACAGUCCACUGUCUGUGGGUCUUAAUCAAGUUCCACCCACACCGGCAUUUCCUGUGACACCCCCCACUCCAUAUGUGAAGAGUGGGCAUGACACAAUCCCUUCAAGACCUGGUUCUCAAGCCAGUAGAAACUACAUGAACUAUCCAAUAUGGCAAGAGUCACGAGGAUACAUGGACAGCAUGACACAUACAUCUAUGUCAUCCGACGGAGAGCUCUUCCACUCUGAUGUCACAGGAAGUCCCGCCUCCUGUCAGAGGAUGUUUGGAUCUAUGCACUCUAUGUCCACCCCCAGCCCAUUGGUCAACACAGACAGUCCCACCCCAGCUCAUUCCUGGUUAGAGGGUGGAUCCAGCACCCCAUUGAGCCACUACACCCCUCAGCCCUCUCCACCCCUCACCCUCUCGGCCCCCAACUCCCACAGCUCCCCUCGCGGAGCCCCUCGCGGAGCCCCCCGCGGCCUGCCCUCCUCUCUGGAUGUCGGGGGACUGGAGAGCAGCCUGCUGGAGGCGGUGGAGGGUCUCGAGGCUCUCGGUCUGGAUGUGGCUCAGCCUCCCUUUCUGCCCCUGAAGAGACGAGGGACUGAAAGCUCAGAGACCAUGUUCCCGCUCAGCAGGAGUGCAGUCAGCACGUCCUAUGCCAGUCACAACACCUCACCUACCAGAUCUACACCAAGUCCAGAUUUUAUGGCCAGUAAAUCAGAAAAUGUGAAGUUCGUUCAAGAUACGUCAAAGUUUUGGUACAAGCCAGACAUCUCGAGAGAGCAAGCUAUUGCCAUUCUCAAGGAUAAAGAGCCAGGCUCCUUCAUCAUCAGAGACAGUCACUCAUUCAGAGGAGCUUACGGAUUGGCUAUGAAGGUGGCCACGCCCCCACCCUCUGUUCUACAGCAAAGCAGAAAAAACGUUGAUAUCUUAGGAAAUCCAAGCACAGUUGGAGACAAUGUUGAGAUCUCUUCUGAAACCAUAGGAGCCACAAUGGGUGAUCUGUCCAAUGAGCUUGUGCGGCAUUUCCUGAUCGAGUGCACACCGAAAGGAGUGCGGUUAAAAGGCUGCCCCAACGAACCUUAUUUUGGAAGUCUCACAGCUUUGGUGUGUCAGCAUUCAAUCACACCCUUGGCUUUACCGUGCAGACUCAUCAUCCCAAACAGAGAUCCUCUAGAGGAGUUAAAUGAAUCUUCAUCACAGACUUCAUCUACAAACUCUGCAGCAGAGCUACUCAAACAGGGAGCAGCAUGUAACGUGUGGUUCCUGGGCAGUGUGGAUCUGGAGUCUCUGACAGGAGUUCAGGGUGUUCAGAAGGCCACCACUGUGAUUUUCAGUAUGGAUCCACCACCCACAUCCACCGUCGUUCACUUUAAAGUGUCUGCACAGGGAAUCACCCUCACGGACAACCAGAGGAAAUUGUUCUUCAGGAGACACUAUGCUGUCAACACAGUGAUAUUCUGUGCCCUGGAUCCUCAGGACAGGAAGUGGACACGGGACGGCUGCACAACUGCAAAGAUCUUUGGCUUCAUUGCGAGGAAAAGCGGGAGCAGCACAGAGAAUGUGUGUCACCUGUUUGCCGAACACGACCCCGAGCAGCCUGCCAGUGCUAUUGUCAACUUUGUCUCUAAGGUGAUGAUCGGCUCUCAGAAGACCAAAUAGAAAAAUCAUAAGCAGAGAUUUCUGCUGAACUGCGAAGGGGACAGACUCUACAUCCUUAAUUUCAAAUGUUGAAGUGGAAACCGAAUUUACAGUUUCGCUACUGUUAUGUGACCGCUUUUACUUGCUGAUGGUGUAGAAACAGUGAAACGUCAGUAUUGGAAUGGAUGAAACUUUAUUUUAUGUUGGAUUCUCCCCGUUUUUUGGACCAGAUACACAGGUAAACUUCAUGGGAGCCAGGAACAAAUUUUAUAGGUGGGCUGCCCUUUCACAAGGCCCGGGACAACAUUCCCAAUUGUCCCACCUGAUGACGACCCUAAAAAAAAUCCAUUCCACAGGAAAUCUUUGACAUCUAUGCAGCACUGUUGCAUCACAGGACACGUCCAGAAGAGGGCGCCACACUUCUUCGGCUCAUUCUCGCACUGCCAUAAACACAGUCUGCUCAAAGCAAACUUAAAAGCCUGAGAGGAAAACAACUUACGGUUAUUUUAUUGUAUAUGCCUUUUUUGCUACUUUGUUUGCAGUAUUUCUGAGGUCCUCGGUUUCGUUUGGAAAUAAAAAUGAUUGAGGUGUAAAUGUAGAUUAAUUUCCAUGUUGUGUCUGGUCACAUACAUCCACAAGAUGCAGACCAAAGAGAAUUCUGAAUUUUGCAUAUCAGUUUACAAAAUUUAAAUGUUUUUGAUUUUAUAUAUGUGUAUACAUUAUCAAAUACUACUUUAAAAAAUGUAUAGCUCAAAAUAUUAAAUUGUUGUUUAUCUCUGUAUUUGUUUAUAAGUGCCGAGCUAACAUUUUCAGUCAAUGCCAAGUGGUUUCCUUAAAAAGCAUAUUGACUUUGACUUUGUUUAUAUAUUUGGAAAUAUUUAUCAUAUAACUCAUAUUCUGUGUAUACUCAUCUCUUACUCAUCUAUGCGGCAUGAGAGUUAAAGGGAUAGUUCACCCAAAAAUGAAAAUGACCCCAUGAUUUACUCACCCUCA